UGUGGUGGGGGGCCAUAGUUGUGUGUGUGUGCGUGACUGUGUUUAAAAGGCAAGCGGAGUGUGUGUUUGUGCCCUUUGCAGUUACAGAGGACUCAUAACUCCCCAGGAUGCAUCAGCUGCUAGUGGUGACCUUAGUGCUGGUGGCACUCUGCUGCCUAGGGAACGUGGAUUCUUCAGCUUAUGACAAGAUAGUGACCCACAGUCGCAUUCGGGCCAGGGGUAAAGGACCCAACAUGUGCGCUCUGCAGCAGGUCACUGGGACCAAGAAGAAGUACUUCAGCACAUGUAGGAACUGGUACAAAGGCACCAUCUGUGGCAAGAAGGCCGAAGUCAUAUAUGAGUGCUGUCCUGGAUACAUGCAGCUGGAGGGCAUGGUAGGAUGCCCUGCAGUGGCUCCCAUUGACCACGUGUAUGGUACACUGGGGCUCGUAAAGGCUACGACCACACAGCAAUACGCAGACAUGUCCAAGCUGAGAGAGGAAAUUGAAGGGAAAGGCUCCUUCACCAUGUUUGCACCCAGCAACGACGCCUGGGAUGCGCUUGACCCUACUAUACGGUCUGCACUGGUGAGCAACGUGAACAUCGAGCUGUACAACUCUCUUCACUUCCACAUGGUGAACCGUCGUAUUCUCACCAAAGACAUGAGGAACGGCAUGACUGAAACUUCCAUGUAUAAUGACCUUGGGCUCUACAUCAACCACUACCCAAAUGGGGUUGUGACAGUGAACUGUGCCAGGAUCAUCCAUGGUAACCAGGUGGCCACAAACGGAGUGGUGCAUGUGGUUGAUAGGGUCAUCAGCUCUGUGGGAAACACCAUCAAGGAAAUCUUGGAUGUCAAUGACGACCUCUCCUCCUUCAAUGCUGCGGCGUUGGCUUCUGGUAUGAUGGACAAGCUGGACCAGCCUGGCCACUUCACUGUGUUUGCUCCCACCAAUGAAGCCUUUGACAAGUUGAGCCCGGGCUACCUGGAGCGUAUCAUGGGAGACAAGGCUAUUAUUGCAGCCCUGGUGAACUACCACCUGCUGACCAGUGUCCAUUGUUCAGAAGCAAUCAUGGCAGGAUCAGUGUAUGAGACAGCAGAGGGCAGCACUAUAGAGAUCGGCUGUGAUGGUGACAGCCUGACAGUCAACGGCAUCAAGAUGGUGUUGAAGAAGGACAUCGUUGCCACCAAUGGCGUCGUCCACCUCAUUGACCAGGUGCUCGUCCCUGACGCAGCCAAGGAAGUGAUGGAGCUGAUGGGAGACUCCCAGAGCACCUUCAAUGACAUGGUGUCUGAACUGGGCUUAGCCGCUGCCCUGGGCCCACAGACAGAGUACACACUUCUUGCUCCUGUCAACACUGCCUUCACCAAAGAGGUGAUGUCAACAGACCAGAACCUGCUGAGAAUCAUUUUGGAAAACCACAUCUUGAAGCUGAAAGUUACACUGAGUGAGCUCUACAAUGGACAGCUCCUGGAAACACUGGCUGGCAAACUGCUCAGAGUCUUCAUUUACCGCACUGCUGUGUGCAUAGAAAACGCAUGUAUGGUGCGCGGCACUAAGGAGGGAAGCAAUGGGGCUCUCCAUCUUAUGAGGUCCCUCAUCAAACCAGCUGAGAAAACUAUGUAUGAGGUCCUACUUGCUGACGGACGGUUCAAGAUUUUGCUGUCACUGAUGGAGACUGCAGGUCUGACUGAUCUGCUGAAGCAGGAAGGCUCCUACACCAUCUUUGCGCCAACCGACAAUGCCUUCGAUGACCUCUCUAGAGAGGAUUUAGCUCUGCUCAGAAGCGAUACGAACGCUUUGAGAACCAUUCUGCUGUACCACUUCAGUAAUGGCGUCUUCAUCAAUGGAGGAUUAGAAGGAGGAGUUACCAAUCUGCUCAAAACUCUCCAGGGCAAAAACCUGCAAGUUAUAUCUGUGAACAACUCUAUUCACGUCAACUCUGUGGACGUUCCAGACAGUGACCUGAUGGCAACAAAUGGUGUGAUCCACAUAGUGAAGAAUGUGCUCUAUCCUGCAGAUCUCCCCGUGGGCCGCCAGGACCUCCUGGUCCUCCUGAGGAAGCUGAUUAAGUACAUCCAGAUAAAGUUUGAAUCCGGAUUUUCUUACACCGAGAUCCCGCUCACUUUCAUCAAGAGGACCAUCACAACUACUCGUUAUGUUGAGACAGUCCCUGAUGUAACAAAGGUGGUCAUUGAAGGAUCAUCUGUCACAAAGUUGACCAGUGUCACCGAGGAGGAGCCAACCAUCACCAAGGUAACCAGGGUCAUCGAGGUGGGGGAGCCUUCCGUCACAAAAGUAACCAGGGUCAUCAAGGCGGGGGAGCCUUCCAUCACAAAAGUAACCAGGGUCAUCGAGGGGGAUCCUAUCAUUACCAAGGUUACGAGAGUUAUCGAGGGACAAGGAGAGUUUGAUGCAGAUGGAAAGAGUAUUACAGGUGGAGCCAGAUACCCCACGGCGAACGAGCCUUAUAUCAUUGAGGGCCCAGACUUCUCUAAAAUCACCACCAUCCAUGGCAACCCAAAUCUGAUUGAUGCGGAAUCAGAGAGAAUUACCAAAAUCAUUAAAGAGGGAGGUAGAGGCUUAGCAACCAGGAGAGUUCCAGCUGGAGUGAGGAGAGCAAGACUGGUCAGGCGUCACCACAAGCCAAGGGAGUGAAUCCAGCAGAGAUAAAAAAAAAAAAACCAAAAAAAAAACCAAAAAAAAAAACCACCUUCGGGCUCACCGCAGAGACUGAAUGCAUCUCCAGCGCUCCUGGUCGAGUGCUGGAGGAAAAAACUGUGGACCAACAAUGAGAGAUCCAACCAAUCUAGCUUCAUUCAAACCAUCAAUACAAAUGAUUGUUUACUAUUCCAUCUGGACCAUACUGUAUGUGAUAGGCAUGAUGUGUAAUAGCAGUGCAAUGACAUUAGAAUACCCUUCAUGUAAGUGAUGUAAGUGUGCAUGGGGAAUUUUUUGCCACGGGGUAGAUGGUGUGUAAGGUGAGAUAUAUUCUACCACAGAGAUUUUUAAAAAAAAUCAUGUCGCUUUGUAAAACUUGGCUUGGGAAGAUUUUUGUAUGCUUUUUAUGGUGCUCGCAUUCUGUACAGUGGAUGCAUUUUAAUGACUAUGACAAAUGAAAGAGUGUCAAACAGUGUUUUGCUACCAUUAGAUGCUGUACUGUACCUCUGUAAAUUAUCACAUGGUAAUUAAAAAAACAAUGAAUUUUUA